GGCCCGGGUGCGGCGUGUGGGAGCGUGGGCGGCGGGGCAUGGCGGAGCUGGAGAUCGGGCGGCAGUGCCGGGUGGAACGCUGCCGGCGGCGAGACUUCCUUCCAUUUAUAUGUGAUGGCUGUUCUGGCGUGUUCUGCCUUGAGCACCGAAGCAGGGAAUCUCAUGACUGUCCUGAGGUGAAUAUAAAGCCCGAGAGAGCCAAGGCGGACGAAUCCCCCUCUUAUCCCUGUUCACUUAAAGGCUGCGAUAAAAGAGAGCUUGUGCCGAUGUUAUGUCCCUCCUGCGAGAAGCACUUUUGCCUGAGGCACCGCCAUCAAGCCGACCACGCCUGUGAGAAACUGGAAGUCCCCAAGCCCCGGAUGGCCGCCACCCAGCAGCUCGUCAGAGACAUCGUAGAUUCCAAGAAGGGACAGCCAGCUUGCUCACGGAGAAGAGGAGUGAAAAACAGUGGAACUGCAGCCCAAGUUGCACUGAUGAAGUUAAAAAUGCACGCCUGUGGGGAUAAAUCGUUGCCGCAGACAGAAAGAAUUUACUUUCAAGUUUUCUUACCCAAAGGGAGCAGGGAGCAGAGCAAACCCAUGUUCUUCAGUAGGACGUGGAGCGUGGGCCGAGCGGUGGACUUUGCGGCGUCGGUAGCCGACCUGAAAAAUGAUAACAACAGAGCCACGGCUAAGAAACUAAAGAUCUGUCACCCUGUGUCAGGAGAAGCCUUACCCUUGGAUCACUCGUUGGAGACCUGGAUUGCUAAGGAAGAUGACCCCUUGUAUAACGGUGGAAACGUUAUCUUAGAAUAUCUUGAGAAUCAGGAACAAAGGCUGGAGGAGACCAAUUCUUACUUAGAGUAGUCCACGAGGGAGCGGGCCGAGCAGGCGGCAGAAAUUCCGGGGCCUGCUGGGAAUCUCUGAGAACUGAAUGACUGUUGAGAUCCAGGCCCGGCACUCGCCCACAUGUGUGAGAUGCACGCGGACCGACGACUUUGUCUAUAUUCUUUCGAUACCUCGCCCUGUCGACGUGGCACUGAAUCAUAAAGAUGAUUUUGCAGACUCAGAAGGGCAUCGUGGGUCAGUCCGUCUGAAGAAGCCUCACCGUAUUUUUAAAUGAAACCCCGAUCACCAUCAUUAAAAGGCACAACUGAAUUUGG